AUGAGCAGCUUGGAGGAAGGCUGCAGUGAUUCCGCAAGCGCUCACGUGCUGUCCAAGCCGCUUCUUCAAGGCUUAAAAUUAGCAUCGCACGCAGUGCUGGAGAAAGUGCAGGAGAGGGGCAGGUCAAAAUGUGCAAAAUGCGGAGGAUCAAGGAUGUUCUUCUGCUACACAUGCUGCUUAUUAGUGGACGUCAGUCUGCAAGAAAUCCCCAUUGUCAAGCUUCCAUUGAAGAUCGACAUCAUCAAGCACCCCAACGAGACAGAUGGCAAGAGCACGGCGGUUCAUGCCAAGAUCCUCGCGCCUAACGACAUCACUAUUUAUACGUACCCCUGCAUUCCAGAGUAUGAUCAAGACAAAGUUGUGUUGGUGUUUCCCGGUCCAAGUGCCGUCACAGUACAAGACAUGAUGCAGUGUUUACGCGAGAGGACUGACAGCAGGUCACGUGGCCCCCGGUUAAAGAGGCGGAAAAUAGAGAAUACUGCGCAAGAUCUGGGGUCAGGGCCCCCAGAUGAAACUGACUCGGAAUCAAGGGCGAAUCCCCUCCAGAGGGUGGUCUUCAUCGACAGCACAUGGAACCAGACCAACAAAAUCAGCACAGAUGAGAGACUACAAGACUUGCUCCAGGUUGAGCUGAAGACAAGGAAAACGUGCUUCUGGCGCUCUCAGAGGGGCAAACCCGACACUUACCUAGCCACGAUCGAAGCCAUCUAUUAUUUUCUCAAGGACUUCCACGAGCAGUGCCUUGCUCAGGAGUACAGUGGAGAAUAUGAUAACCUUCUCUUCUUUUACUCUUACCUGCACACAGUUGUCAACAAGUCUAAAGAGGCAAAACAAGACUAUAAAGCCAAAGUGAACUCAAUUUGA